AUGAAGGCCACAGCCAUAUUCUACGUCCUUAUUGCCUCCAUUGCUGGCGUCAAUGCUGCUGCCAUUAAGGAGAGCCAGAACGCUCUCAAAACUGUUACCAAAUCGAGGCUCGCUGCUACUGUGACGGCACAUGCUGUGGCGGCUCUUGGUGCACCGAUACCGACGUUGGACUCUGCUGUAACGAUGGUCCAUGCUGAAAGAAACCUCGUUGGGGCGUGA